CAAAAAUGGGAGUGUUUUUGUAAAUAUUCUAUUAACUCUCAAGUCUAUAAUCACAAGGUGCUUUCUUUGACAUGGAUAACACAGGGCAUGUUUUGGGAGCAUUUUUUUCUGAUGACAAGAAUGAGAACAUCUAUCGAGGAUUGCUACGCUGUUUAUUGCAUCCGCUGGGGACCCCAGAUAACUCCACACAAGGCCUCAAGCAUGGUGACCUCAUCGACUACGUCAGAGAGGUGUUUGAAGUGGACAGGGUUGAUCAUGAGCUCUACAUAUUUGAGGAGUUGCCAAUCGUGCCAAAGCACACUCAGUUGAACUUGACUGUGCUAGAAGCAAAUGGUUUGCGGGGAAUGGACUUCUCUGAAGACACAUGCAACACCUACUGUCUGGUGACCUUGCAUCAUCAAGUGAAGGGAAAGAACUCUUGGCACCUCAUUCCAAAGUCUCCAAAUAGCUCAAGCAAGUCAACCCCGUCUACUAGUCCCAGUGGGUUGCCAAGGCAAAAUUCGUUGACGGAGGGGGCAAGAUUUUCGCCGAUCUCUGGCAGGAAAGGAGUAGACUCCCUUGAUUGUGAGACUGCUAGGACCCUGACUGUGAAGCAUUCUUCGCACCCGAAAUGGAAUGAAGAGUUUGCUUUAGACAUUGAAGACAUGCUGUCAGAUGAGUUGCACCUGUAUGUAUGUGAUGAAGAUUUCUCAGCAGACGUCAAACCAGAGAAGCACAAACAUCACAACUUGAAACAUUUUCUGAGUGUUCUUAGACACAACUCAGAAUCUGAACGUGAUAUUGGGGUGACGGACAGCUGCCUUGGGAAAAUCAACAUUCCAAUCAGGGACAUAUCUACCCUGGGCACUGAUGAGUGGUAUGACAUUGUGUCUCUUGUCCCUUACAAGGGCAAGCCUCGCUGCAUUGGCAAGUGUCAUCUUCAACUGGGCAUCUCAUAUAAACAGCAAGAGCUAGACGAGCGGUACCAGUACUCCAAUGAUGACUUCUACCGCGCCUACAGGCAGUUUCUUCAGCACACAUACAAGAUAUGCAGAAAGAAUCCAUCAAGACAUGUCGGAGACCAAUAUGGCUGCCUGACCUUAAAGGACUAUCGCGUCUUGAAAAUCUUUGCUGUUGCUUACAAUAUCCCAAAGCUCUCACAAGUCAUUGUGAGUCUGAUCUGCCAGCUAGAGAUCCAGUCUGAGGAGAACCUCAGCAAUGAGCAGGGUGACAGAAACCUCAGCCUGGCCUUGGACGAGCUUAGGAUGACCUGGGCCAUCAUGCAGAUUGGACAGAAGAACAUAUUGGACCGUAUGCCUCUCACAGACUCUGAGAUUUCCAGGUAUCGGAAAGUGGCAUCACGUUACAUUGAAGUGCAGUGCAUCACAGUGGAUGAGCUACCAGACUUGUUCCCACCCUCUGUGGAGAAGAUGGACGUUUUGAAAACUAAACUUGGGAUUGUAGUUCAGCUUUUGGGCCUCAACCUGUGGGAACCAAGCUGUGACCCAAAGGCAGAACUCUCAGAUAAACUUCUGAGGAAACUUCAAAGUGAGAUUUCCAGCUGGAUUGAUACACAGUUGGAGCAUGUCAAGGAACAGAAACAGGAUGACAAGGAUGAAGCAGUUGUGGAAAUAGAAAAAAUUAUUGACCUGGUAGAUACCACCUGCACCCACUGCACAGUUCUUGCAGCCUUCCAACAGUUCUAUAACAACAUCGGAAUUAACUACUACCGCACCAUCAGUUUUGCUAUGGAAAAGAGGAUAUCUGCAGUAUCAUGUGAGGUGAUAGAAAAGAUGAACAAGUACAAGAAAAAGUACAACAACUUUCCAGCAAACAUCAUGAUGGCCAGCAAGCUCUCCCUGCGACUCUACAACUCUCUCAGACGGUUGUUCUCUGAGUUGAUUCAGAAUGUCGGUAGACGGGAUUCAUUCCGGAUGUUGAUCAGUCAUUACCAGGAGUGGUUUGAGGAGUCCAUGAUCUACUGGCUGCAGACGUUCAGAUCUGAGUGCAUCCAGAGGAUGGAAAAAGCACUGGAGAUAGACAAGGAUCUUGUGGUAGUAACCAGUCUAGUCAAGUAUUCACACUCAUCAGUGGAUGUACAGACAUGCUUUGCUCAGGUGAUUGGAGAAUGGCGUAAGAUUGACCUCAAGGAUGCAGACUGUGCCCUCAUGGGAGUUAUCAAGGUGACUGAUAUCAUUUGUGACGGAGCCAGACUGUACGCCCACAAGGUUCAGUCCAUUCUGGAGCGCAACUGUUACUUUGACAACAACCACAAGGCUGAGUUUGAUGUCAAUGACCGGCUCUGUAUCACUGUGAAUAACAUCGAGCAUGUUCGACUCUACCUAUCAAAGCUUCCUGAGCUCCUCGCCUGGGACGACAUCGUGUUGAAUAUAUCAGCACGACACCACAGUGAGAUAGUGGGGAAACAGGCGCAUGAUACCCUUCAACGUCUGACUGACAUGGCGAACAAUGAAAUCUUGUCGAAUUGCGCUAGUUUGCUUAAACAGAUCUGCGGGAAGAUGCAGAUAGAAAUAGAGCGCUACAUGGAGCUUUUCACAAGAAAAAGUUCAGAAAAAACUUCAUCAGUAGAUGAAUUGCUAGGAUACAUCACCAAUAACCUACAGACAUUGGAGACGCAGCUAAUGCCCAAUAUUUACCCAUUUAUGAUCGAGCAACUCUGGAAUGUCACACUUACCUCCCUUGACAAUCAGAUAAAGCAGGGGAAUAGUCCUGAAUUCUACAACCUGAUGAAGCAACACCUGCGCUCCAUCACAGCAUUCUUUCUGCAGAGUGGGCUUGACGACAGAGUACUGCAGUCAGUCAUCUGUGAAGAGUUCAAGGACAAACUGGACAUGAACUCCAAACUGACCAAUGAUCUCAUGCUGGACUACUUCAGCCAGCUCUCUUCCAACAUUGAAACGCCCACUGAGUAUUUCGGCAAUCUGGCGUACAAGGCUGCAUACGUGGAGGAGACCAGGGGUCAUAUAAUGAUACUGGUAAAUGUCUUGCGAGGAAGUGAACUUCCUGGCCUUGACCCCUCUGGUCUCAGUGACCCCUAUGUAGAGGUCAGUCUGCAGCCCCAGAAGCUGUUUCGCUUCUCACACAUGCAGCGCACCCAUGUUGUGAAGCAAACCCUGAAUCCGGUGUUCAACGUCCUCUUUCAGUUUCCAAAUAUCUCUAAAGAGUACCUAAGUUUAGAGGGGACAUGCAUCUUGUUGUCAGUAUUUGAUCAUGACAACAUCGGUCGAGACGACUUCGCAGGGGAGGUGGUCAUUAAAAUGUCAACAAUUAGGCAAAUCGGCAUUGAUAGGUCUAUGGAUCGUGUGCAUGCAUCCAUAAUGCCCUUACACCGACCAAAAAAGCCUUUACAGGGGCCUUUUGUGGUCCUGUGCAUGAGAGACUGGGACAAAGAUGCCCGUAAGUUUGUGUCAGACCGACAUCGUUUCAUCCAUCGGCAGCCCAUGCGAACUGAUAAACCAGACGGUUUUGGCUUAUUUGCCAGCUUUUUGUCCUCUUUCACCAAUAGAAAAUGACUGAGCGCUUGUUAUUCCAUGAAAGAAAAGUUUAAAUAAGACCUUUCGUAGCUGUUUAACCCAGCUUUUCAUCAUAGCCGACCAUUUGUAAUCGUCUAAUGAAAUUCGAAUAAAAUGUCCCGCUAGUAUGCAAGAAACUGUUUGCAAUAGAAAACAUGCAAUCUACAAACAGUAAUCACUUUUAUAUUAUUGUCCCCUACCGGUUUCACCGGAGGGGACUUAUGGUUUGCGCUCUGUCCGUCCGUCAGUCAGUCACACUUUUCUGGAUCCUGCGAUAGCUUUAAAAGUUCUUAAUUUUUUUUCAUGAAAGUUGAAACAUGGAUAGAUGGCAAUAUGGACAUUAUGCACGUCAUUUCAUUUUUUUCCUAUGUCAAAAAUUAUGGUUGCUAUGGCAAAAAAUAGACUAGAAAUACUGCUGAAAAUGGUUGCUUUCUGGAUCCUGCGAUAACUUUAAAAGUUCUUAAUAUUUUUUCAUGAAACUUGAAACAUGGAUAGAUGGCAAUAUGGGCAUUAUGCACGUCAUUUCAUUUGUUCCUACGUCAAAAAUUCUGGUUGCUAGGGCAACACAAAAAAUAAAUCAAUAAAUUCUGACAAUGGUGGAGCCGGUAGGGGACAUAUAUUGCUUGGCAAUAGUCUUGUUUGGUAAUUUAACUGACUACCUCGUUUAUGAAAUAUAUGGUAUGAAAAAGGGCUGCAAUGUGCAUUUUGCAACGAUGUUAACUGCUUUAUUCAUCAUGAAACUAUUUGAUCUCUAUUGGAAAGGCUUGAGGGACACAACAGUUUCACAUUCAACUUACGACAUCAAUAGAGUUUGUGUGUGCCACUUUAUAUUGAGAAGAUUGUCAGCGCCAGCGCGUUUUUCCUUACAGCUCGUGUCUCAAAUUUAGUAAAAACUACUAUAUAUUGCAUUGUUUUCUAUCCUGAUAUUCCUUUUGACAAAAAUAUUUUAAAUUGCUUUUGAAGUAUACUGUUAAACAUGUAAAAGUAUCACGUUUUAAACAAGCCGUUGUUCCGGCAGUGGAAUUGUGAACUCGCUGAUAUGAAUUUCAUUACAUCUCGCAAGGUAUCAAGAUCAGUUCGAGGUCAGUAAUAGAAUGGUUAUAUAAACGCUAUUGUUUUUACUAGGUUAACUUGAAUUUCAUUUAUUGAAGAUAUUCGGUGAUAUUAUUAUGAUAUGUUAAUAAUAGAUCCUUAAUGUGUUAUCAACAAUUCCUUGAUAAGUACUUUAUUUGAUUAAUUUAAUAAGAACUAUUCAACCAAAUAGACCAAUUUAAUUAGCAUUAAGUCGAUGAUUACUGAUACUAUUAAUAAUUAAAUUGAAUAACAAUGUCCAGCAAAGCACUAAAACAGGUCUGUUUAUAAAUUAAACUGUUUAUCUGAUCUCUGAAAAUAUCUGAGCCACACUUGAAAUUGGGUCACAGACACUACACUUUGUGCAUCUGCAAUUGUAAAUAAACAAAAUAAAUUCUACAGGUGAUAGUAAUUCAAGAAAUGUGCUUGUAUAUUUGUGUUUUACAAUAGAUACGUUUUUAACAUUUAAAAUGUGUUAAAUUUGAUAUAUAACUUUUUAUGCCCCCUUCGAAGAAGAGGGGGUAUAUUGCUUUGCUCAUGUCGGUCUGUCGGUCCGUCGGUCCGUCCACCAGGUGGUUGUCAGACGAUAACUCAAGAACGCUUGGGCCUAGGAUCAUGAAACUUCAUAGGUACAUUGAUCAUGACUCGCAGAUGACCCCUAUUGAUUUUGAGGUCACUAGGUCAAAGGUCAAGGUCACGGUGACCCGAAAUAGUAAAAUGGUUUUUGAAUGAUAACUCAAGAACGCAUACGCCUAGGAUCAUGAAACUUCAUGGGUAGAUUGAUCAUGACUCGCAGAUGACCCCUAUUGAUUUUGAGGUCACUAGGUCAAAGGUCAAGGUCACGGUGACCCGAAAUAGUAAAAUGGUUUCCGGAUGAUAACUCAAGAAUGCAUAUGCCUAGGAUCAUGAAACUUCAUGGGUAGAUUGAUCAUGACUCGCAGAUGACCCCUAUUGAUUUUGAGGUCACUAGGUCAAAGGUCAAGGUCAUGGUGACCCGAAAUAGUAAAAUGGUUUUCGGAUGAUAACUCAAGAACGCAUAUGCCUAGGAUCAUGAAACUUCACAGGUAGAUUGAUCAUGACUCGCAGAUGACCCCUAUUGAUUUUGAGGUCACAAGGUCAAAGGUCAAGGUCACGGUGACCCGCAAUAGUAAAAUGAUUUUCGGAUGAUAACUCAAGAACGCUUUUGCCUAGAAUCAUGACACUUCAUAGGUACAUUGAUCGUGACUCACAGAUGACCCCUAUUGAUUUUGAGGUCACUAGGUCAAAGGUCAAGGUCACAGUGACAAAAAACGUAUUCACACAAUGGCUGCCACUACAACGGACAGCCCAUAUGGGGGGCAUGCAUGUUUUACAAACAGCCCUUGUUUAAGUGUAAUUUUCAUUGUGGUUAUUGUUUUUAUAUAAAAUUUACAUGCAGUGUUUUUUCUUUGAUAUAUAUUCAAAUUAAAAGUAAUUAUGACUAUGCAUUCAUGGUCGAGGUCAGACUGAGCUGAAAGGUAGAAUGAUGCUUGUUUACGCUGCAAUGAAAACAAUUCCAUAUAACGUCUGGGUUAUAUUGGAGUAUGAUAUAGAGAAAGGUGGGUAUAUAUAUUUAUUAUUUAUGUUUGAUAACAACAAAAUAUUAAAUUGUUUUAUAUAUAAUUACAUGUACCUUGAUUAAUAGUGUGUUUGGGAUGGAUGGUGGUUCAAAGUCAACGUAUUAAAAAUAGAAAAAGGUUUACCAACCUUAAGAACAAAAUCAUAUUGAGUUUUAUACAUAGAUUAUUUACUCCCUUAUUAGAACACUGUUUGCGAUUGCAUAUUGGGCGUGUUUGUCAAGGUCAUGGCCACAGUUACAGAUGGUUUAAGCUCAAUGACUCUGGAAAAAAAUUGAGCUAUUGUUCUUGAACUUGAUACAAAGAUACUCAUCAAGACCUUGCAGGAGAUAAUGGUGAGAAUUUGUGAUCACCUGUGUCUGGCAUCUAGUUGUCUAUGGUCAGGCUGUUAUAGAUGUGUGUUUUGUGGUCAUACUUUAGCUCGUUACCACUGUAGCGGCAAAAUUUUUCAUCAAACCUUCAUCAGAAUUGACAUAGUUGAAAUAUUGAUCAUGUGCUUUGAAAAAACUAGGUCACCAGGUCAAAUUAAAGAAACACAUUGAUACCACUGCAGUUCCACAAGUGUUACUCAAUCUUGAUGAAACUUGGUUAGAAUGCAUCUUGAAUGAAUCAAGGCCAAUUAAGAACUUGGGUCAUAUGCGUUCAAAUACAAGGUCACAAGGUCAAAUGUUGGAAAAGCCGUGUAACCACUCUAGAGGCCACAUUAAUGACAUGAUAUGAAAACACUUUGCCAGAAUGUUUAUCUUGAUAUUUUCUAGGUCACGAGCAUCCAAAAUUAGGUCACAUGGUUUUAUCUUGUAAAAAAAUGAAACUACUGUCGAUAUUACAUGUAUGACUCAAUCUUGAUGAAACUUGGUCAAGCUGUAAAUCUUGACAAUAUCUAGACCAAGUUAAAUCUGGGACACGUGCAAUUAUAAAAACAAGGUCAUUCGGUCAAAUGAUAGCAAAAUCUUUUUGCCGCUUAAGAACAAAUAUGUAUUAACUCAAUCUUGAUGCAAUGUAGUCGGAGAAUUUAUCUUGACAUUUUCUAGGAUUUGCUUGACUGUGGGUAAUGCGUGUCAAAAAUUAUGUCUCCCGGUGUAUUGUUAAUUAUCUAAAGUUGUUAUUCAUGAAACUUGGUUAUAACAUUUUUCUUGACUUAAUUGAUGUCAUUUUAGUCUGGGUCACAUGCGUUAAAAUACUAGUUAAUCGUGUCAAAUGUUAGAAAAGCUUAUUCCACUCAAGAGGCAACAUUUAUGACUCAGUAUGCAAAGUCCAUUAUGUUUAUCUAUACGCUCUCUAGGCCGAGUUUAAAUCUGGGUUACCUGCAUCCGAAAACUUGGUCACCUGGUAUAACCUUAGAAAAAUCGUGUUACCACUCUAUAUGCAACAUUUAUGACUCAACCCUGAUGCAUCUUCAUCAGACCGUUUGUAUUGGAAAUAUCUAGUCCACGUUUCCGUUGCCAUUGUUUAACAAAGUAAUCAUGUCGAAUUAUAGAAAAAGUUUUUGUCUAUUUUGAAAUAUAUUAGGCCUAUUCGUUGAUAAAUCUUGAUUAAACAUGGUCAUAAUGAUUUUUUUGACAUUAUCUGGGUUUUUGUAUAAAUCAGUGUGUUAUUGCCUAAAAACCAUGCAGGUCUCCUGGUAAGAUGAUAAUUUAAUCGUGAUAAGGGCCUUUUCACAGAUUUUGGCAUGUUUUUAAGUUUGUCAUUAAAUGCUUUAUAUUGAUAAAUGUAAACAUUAGAUCAAAAACGCUCCAUUAAAAAAAACAAGAAUAACAGUAAAAAAAGAAAAAAAAUGUAACCCAUAACUAGGCUCUGACCCCUAGAGUCUUGGAGUAAAAGUUUAUCGCUUAAAGACCACUCGGCCAUCCGUGUUUAUACAGUGAGUGAUGUAUUUUAUACUUAUACUUUAUAUAAGCAAUCCUUGUAGUAUCAGAAAAUAUAACGACAAAAACAGUACUCUUCAAGUUAUUCAAUCGUUUCGCGAAGCAACGCUUUAUAAUCUUCAGUAUUACUGUUUUCUCACAAAUAACAUAACCUCAACGAAAAUGUGCGAAUCUGAAACAUUUUUUUUGUAUUUUAUCAAUUUGACAAAACGUGAAAAGGCCCCUUUAAGAAUGAGUUCAAGUCUAGUGAAUGUGCGUCCAAAAUUAUAUCACCAGCUUUAAUCAUGAAAAUCCUUGUUUCCACGAAAGAGGCCGAAUGUAUUACUCAAUCUAGAUGAAACUUAGUCUAUGGUAUUUAUCUUGACAAUAUCUAGGUCGAAUUUGGUUCUGGUUAUGUGUGUUUAAAAAACUAGGACACCUGGUCAGAUCUUAGAAAACUUUGUAACCAAUCUAGAAAUAUAAUCUUAAUGAUUCUUGAUCAGAAUGUUUGUUUUGGUAAUAUUUUGGCCAUUUUUAAAUCUGGGUCAUUUGCGUCCAGAUACUAAAUUAUCAGGUCAAUUGUUUAAAACACAAAGCGUAUUACUCUAUGGGAAACAUUUUUUACUCAAGGUUGGUGAAAAACGGUAAGAAUAUCUGAUCUUGACAAUAUUUUGGCGUUACGUUUGACUCUGGGUCAGAUGCGUCUUUAAAAUGCGUCACUUGGUCAAAUCUUUUCUUUUUUAAUCACUCUGGAGCUACAUUUAUUACCAGGUAAUCGGUCUUGAUAAAACUUAGUCAGUAUGUUUAUCUUGACAAUAUUAAUGUAAGCAUUGGGUUCAGAUGUGGUCUAAAACUUCAUCACCUGGUCAAGUCUUUAAACUUGGUGUCCGUGAACUCUGGUGAGUUCGCCUAAUAAGUUCGCUCAAGCUCAAUGGUCAUACUUUGAGACUAGUCAAAAUGGAGCUUAGAUUGCAAUAGCAAUGGCAGUGGUACCUCUAAUGAAAUUUGUUUCAUUUUUUUAGCUCACCUGAGCACAACGUGCUCAUGGUGAGCUUUUGUGAUCGCCUUUUGUCCGUCGUGCGACGUCAACAUUUGCCUUGUUCACUCUCUAGAGGCCAGAUUUAUUGUCCAAUCUUCAUGAAAUUUGGUCAGAAGAUUGGUUUCAAUGAUAUCUUGGAUGAGUUCGAACAUGGUGAAGUUUGCUUGAAAAACAUGGCCACCAAGGGGCGGGUCAUUUUUCCUUAUAUGGCUACUUAAGGCUAUAGUAAAAUCUUGUUAACACUAUAGAGUCCACAUUUAUAUUCCGAUCGUCAUGAAACUCGGUCAGAAGAUUCAUCCCAAUAAUAUCUUGGAAGAGUUCAAAAAUGAUGGCGGUUGGUUGAAAAACAUGGCCACCACGGAGCGGGGCUAUUUUCCUUAAAUGGCUAUAGUAAAACCUUGUUAACACUCUAGAGGUCACAUUCAUUUUCAGAUCAUCAUGAAACUUGGUCAGAAGAUUUGUCCCAAUGAUAUCUUGGAUGAGUUCGAAAAUGGUUUUGGUUGCUUUAAAAACAUGGCCACCAGGUGUGGGGCUUUUUUCCUUAUAUGGCUAUAGUAAAACCUUGUUAACACUCUAGAGGCCACAUUUAUUGUCCAAUCUUCAUGAAAUUUGGUCUGAAGAUUGGUCUCAAUGAUAUCUUGGAUGAGUUUGAACAUAAUUAUGUUUGCUUGUAAAAAAUGGCUUCCAAGGGGCGGGGCUUUUUUCCUUAUAUGGCUAUAGUAAAAUGUUGUUAUCACUCUAGAGGCCACAUUUACUGUCUGAUCUUCAUGAAACUUAGUCAGAAGAUUCAUCCCGAUAAUAUCUUGGACGAGUUCAAAAAUGAUGCCGGUUGGUUGAAAAACAUGGCUGCCAGGGGGCGGGGCAUUUUUUUUCUUAAAUGGCUAUAGUAAAACCUUGUUAACACAUUUAUUUUCCGAUCUUCGUGAAACUUGGUCAGAAGAUUUAUCCCAAUAAUAUCUUGUUAUCUCAGGUGAGCGACUUUGGGCCUUUCAGGCCCUCUUGUAUUCGUCAUAUUUUACUGUUGUUGAUUGAUUGUUAUAUUAUAUUCUAGGUUUUGAUGUUUUCAAAUCAUAAUGUUGUUCAUUCUACAAAUCGUUGUAACAUUUUAUGGAUUGUUAUAAAAGUUGUUUCUAAAUGCA